CGCGCGAGCUACAGAACGAGCGAAGGGAAUCAAGAUGGCGGACCUCGAAGACGUUACGCUGGACGGGAGGCCGCUCCAUUCGCUCCGGGUGGCGGAUUUGAAGGCGGCAUUGGAAGAGAGAGGGCUUCCGAAAAGCGGACAGAAGAAUGCUCUCGUCAAGAGGCUCAAAGGGGCUCUCAUGUUGGAGAACCUUCAGAAAACCUCUACUCAUCACAUUGGCCUGCAGCCUAACUCCCGGAUUGGGGAGGAAAUGAGUCAGAACAGCUUCAUUAAACAGUACCUGGCCAAACAACAAGAGCUUCUCAGGCAGCGCUUGGAGAGAGAAGCGCGAGAGGCAGCUGAAACUGACGGAACAGACCAUGAAGACCACGCAGAGGCCAAUGACAGUAUUUGUGCUGCUUCUAACCAGGAUGUUGCUCCCUCCUUAGUUGACCAACACAAAGGAGGUUCAGCAGUAGCUGGGGGAUUUGGGAGUGAGAGUGAUGAGCUGAGAGAAAAAGAAACGCCUGGGCAGCCAUCUCCCUCCGCACCUGCCCAGCCUGGCGCAAUAGCCUCUUUAUCUGUGCGGGUUGUUGGUGAAAGAGGACCAACUUCAAGCCAUGUACCUGCUGACAGUGAUGAUGACAGUGAAGGUGGGGAUGACAAUGAUGACGAGGAGGAGGAGUGGAACGCCAAAGCUCAACGGAGUCGUCGAGCACAGCCUCCAAGAAACCAACCGGUGAGGGAAAGAUCUGGUGGCUCGCAGCAACAGCAGCAGCCGCCCCCCCAACACAUACCUUUACUAUCACAGCAGCUUAGACAGCCCACUCCUCCCCCGUCCCCUCCUCCUGAACUCUCUUUUCCACUCCCAGACACCCCUAAACAGAGCCCCCCUAGUCCUGGAGAGCCCCCAUCUAGGCAGCGCAUAUCUAGCUCUUCGAGCUCUGGUAGUUCAAGUAGUGACAGUCGUAGCAGUAGCCCUGAACCAGCAGGAGACUCCUCAGAGCGCAGACCAGGCCCACUGACCUUACUGGCACGCAAGAUGGAGUCUGAGGGAGCUUUCUCGGGGGCAGGAAAGCGUGAUAGGGAGGGAAUGGAUGGACAGAGAAGCCACCAUGAAGGAGCUGUGUCUGCAAUUACCCACACAGCUAAUGCAGCGUCCGUUUUGUCAUACCCUAGUUCAGUGAUUUCCAACCAGGGUGUAAGUGUCGUGAGGACAGCGGUGAUGGAAGAGAGUGAUGGCAUGAAGCAGGAUGAGGGUAGCCAUCUUUUAUGGGAGAAAGACAACAAAAAGAGGGAAAGACAACGAGAACAAGAGAGACUGAAAGCCCUAGAAAAGGAGAGAGAGGAAAAGGAGAAGGCAUUGGAAGAAGAGCGAGCAAGAGUUUUGGAACGGGAAAGACAGGAACGAGAAGAAGCUUUGAAACGCGAGAGGGCUUUGCAGCGAGAAAGGGAAGAGAAAGAAAAGGCUUUACAGCGGGAGAGAGAAGAGAGGGAGAGGCUUGAAAGAGAACGACUCGAGAGAGAACAAGCCCUGGAACGAGAGAGGCAGGAAGCUUUAGAGCGGGAGAGAUUAGAGCGAGAGAGGCUGGAGAAGGAAAGACAAGAACGAGAACAAGCCUUAGAGCGGGAGAGACUCGAGAGAGAAAGACUUGAGAAAGAAAGACAAGAACGAGAAGAAGCUCUAGAAAGGAAGAGAUUGGAGAAGGAGCGGCUUGAGAAGGAAAGACUAGAAAGAGAAGCUGCUCUAGAGAGGGAGAGAUUGGAGAAAGAGCGGCUUGAGAAGGAAAGACUAGAAAGAGAAGCUGCUCUAGAGAGGGAGAGAUUGGAGAAAGAGCGGAUUGAGAAGGAAAGACUAGAAAGAGAAGCUGCUCUAGAGAGGGAGAGAUUGGAGAAAGAGCGGCUUGAGAAGGAAAGACUAGAAAGAGAAGCUGCUCUAGAGAGGGAGAGAUUGGAAAAAGAGCGGCUUGAGAAGGAAAGACGAGAACGAGAAGAAGCUCUAGAGAGGGAAAGGUUGGAGAGAGAGCGGCUUGAGAAGGAAAGGCAAGAACGAGAAGAAGCUCUAGAGAGGGAAAGGUUGGAGAAAGAGCGCCUUGAGAAGGAAAGGCAAGAACGAGAAAAAGCUCUAGAGAGGGAAAGGUUAGAGAGAGAACGGCUUGAAAAGGAAAAACAAGAACGAGAACAAGCUCUAGAGAGGGAGCGAUUGGAAAGAGAGCGGCUUGAGAAGGAAAGACAAGAACGAGAAGAAGCUCUAGAGAGGGAGAGAUUGGAGAGAGAGCGGCUUGAGAAAGAAAGACAAGAACGAGAAGAAGCUCUAGAGAGGGAGCGGCUUGAGAAGGAAAGGCAGGAACGAGAGAGGCAAGAAAAAGAACAAGCUCUAGAGAGGGAGAGGCAGGAGAAAGAAAGGCAGGAAAGAGAGCAAGCCUUGGAGAGAGAGAGACUGGAAAAAGAAGCUGCUUUGGAGAAAGAGAGACAAGAAAUGGAGAGGGCCAAAGAACAGGAAAGGCUGGAGAAAGAGAGGGCUUUGGAAAAAGCAGCCGCUCUGGAACGCAAAAGGCAAGAGCAAGAAAGACUUGAGAAAGAGAAAGCUUUGGAAGAAGAACGGUUGCAGAAAGAACAAGCUCUUGAGCGUGAGAGAGAAGCGCAGAGAAAAGCAGAGGAGGAGCGAGAGCGAGCUUUGGAAAAAGAGAGAGAGGAACAGGAGAGGGCUUUAAAAGAAGAGCAGCAGAGAGCCUUGGAGGAAAAGGAAAGACUUCUGGAGCAAAAAAGAGUGCAGGAGGAAAAGGAAAAAGCUUUGAAGCAUGAAAAAGAGGAGGAACGUGAGAAAGAAAGAGAAAGCCGUCUUCCUCCGUGGAAGCGUGGUCGUGAUAUCAGUGGUCUUUCUUAUCCAGCGGUCCAAUCUGCUUCUCUGGAGAGUCCGUCGGAAAAGCCAGACGAGAGUGAGACUGGAGAACCGCAGAGCGCUGGCAAAGAUGCUCAAUCUACAGAGCCUAUCCCGCAACAGUCACCCACACCUCCAACACCACUAUCCCCUCAGUCUUCUUCUAAGAAAUCCCGCUUCCUUAGAGAUGCUCCUGGGACAACUCCUCUCCCAUCCUCUCCAAGUUCUGUGCUGAAGAGACCUCGCACUUUCUCAGACAGUCCGAUGCCACAAGCCCCCUCAGUUCCGUUAGUAUCUAAGCCUGAGGAAAAAGAUGCAGCUCAGUCUCCUCAAACAUCAUCAGUCCUUGUUUCAGCACCCCAUGAGCUUGAGAGCAAGACUCCCGAAGUGUCUGCCCGACAACAGGCACCACAAGAUGAAGAGAAGAUGGAGACUUCAGAGGAUAAAGAGGCAAGCAAAGACACUAAACAUAAGACACUUAGAAGUGUGGAGGAUGAGGAAAAAACUCCUUUACCCCCUCCAGAGGAGAAGAAAAGAGGAAGAGAAAGGAAAAAGAAAGAAGUGGGGAAGAAAGAAAGAAAAUCAUCAUCCUCCAGCGAUUCCUCCUCAUCCGACUCGGAUUCUGGGUCUUCAUCCUCCUCACGUUCCUCCAGUUCAUCAUCAUCAGAGGAGGAGAAAAGUCGUUCCACUUCAGGCGGUAGGAAGUCUAAAGAGGUCCAGAAAGAUUCUUCAUCUCAGGCCACAGAAAAAGUUGGUCAAACUGCUGAAAAGCCUCCUACAGCCCAACGCAAAAAACGAGUUUUCACAGAGCAGGAGGAAAAAGACAUGCGCAAUGAGGAUGUCAUCCAAACCAAGAAACCCUGCCUUGAACUACAAGAUGAGAAGGUAACAAGGGGAAGAAAGGACGAUGUUGACGAAGAUGACACUAACAAAGACACUACCAGUAGUGAGGUGAAGGAGGCUGUCAUGGCGGAGCCUGAGAAGGUUCCUGAGAGCAGUGAGGAGAGCACCACGCCAAAGACAUUCUCGGCCCGAAGGAUUUCUCUUGGCAGCAGCAAACAGUCUCCUGGGGUGGUGAGUUCAGAGGGGGAAGCGGAGGCCGCAAGCAGUGCUGGCGCUGGCAGGAAGAGGAGAUGGGGCUCCAGUACCGCUGUCACUGCCAAGAAACCCUCAAUCAGUAUAACCACAGACUCUUUGAAGUCUUUAAUACCAGACAUCAAGCCUGCUUUGGGUCAGGAGGCUGUGUUAGACCUGCAUCCAGAGGAGAUGCAUCUUUCUGGGGAGGAGGAAGGAGGAGAGAGGGGCGACCAAGAUCUUAAAAUUAGACGAACUGUAACACAGGUUGUGCCCUCUGACACACAAGAGAAUGGACAGAAAGAAUCUAAAAGAAGUGAACAUGAGGAUGAGGAAGAAAGAAGUGAAGGGCAGGAUAGACUUAGCCAGGAAGAAAAAAUGGAAGGCUCCAUUCAGGUUUCCAUGGAGACGGAGCCAUCAUCCCCUGGGCGAGACGUUGAUAUGAAGACAGUCACUCCCAGUGACACACUGAUUCGGCGUUCCAUUAGCCAGCAGAAGACAGGCGUGAGUAUCACCAUCGACGACCCGGUCCGCACAGCCAAACAGCCCUCUCCUCCUCGUGGCAAGCUGUCUAACAUUGUCCAUGUCUGCAACCUGGUGAGGCCGUUUACCCUUGGGCAGUUGAAGGAGCUGUUGAACCGCACAGGGACUGUAGUGGAGGAAGGUUUCUGGAUUGACAAGAUUAAAUCUCACUGUUACGUCACAUACUCUAGCGCAGAAGAGGCGAUGGCUACUCGUACAGCACUACAUGGGGUUAAAUGGCCCCAGAGUAACCCUAAGUUCCUCAGUGUUGAUUUCUGCUCGCAAGAGGAGUUGGACUUCCACAGGGGUUUGGGUCCAGCAGGAGAAAAGCCAACAGAGGAGCCUCGUGGGGCGGCAGCCGCUGGGCCUGGCCGUCCAGUACCCCCGCCUCUCCUACCAGAGCGUGAUCAGUGGGCAGAACGAGAAAGAGAAAUGGAAAGGAGGGAGAGAACGCGUGCAGAGAGAGAAUGGGACAGAGAUAAAGUGAGAGACUUCAGCAAAGCUGGAGAGGAGCGGGAAGCUGGGGCCAGAAGAUCACGUUCACGGGAUCGUGAGAGACGGCGCAAAGAAAGAGGGAAGAGCAAAGAGAGGAAAACGGAUAAGAAGGAAAAAGGACCAGAGGAUCCACCUGCUAAACUGCUGGAUGACCUCUUCCGCAAAACCAAAGCGGCUCCAUGCAUAUACUGGCUCCCCCUCACUGAGGAGCAGGCAGCACAGAGGGCAGCGGCUCGUGCCGAGCGCAUGAGGGAAAGAGAGAAGAGGAGGAAGGAGAUGGAAGAGGAGGAUAAGAAACGUGAGGAGGAGCGACGAGAGCGGAUGAAGGCCGGCGGAGCCGCCGGAGGGGAAGGUGAGAGAGACCGUGACAGAGAACGAGACCGAGACAGAGGUCGAGAACGGGAGCGAGAGGGGGAUAAACGGAAGGAGGGAUACCGCAGGCCUGGCGGAAACAGCGCAAGCGGGAGCAGGAGGUCACGAAGCCGCAGCGACCCUCCGCCCAGAGAUCGACGACACUAAGGGACGUCUGGAACUGUCCAGUUUGUGACCCCUGUUCCUGUAUGUGCUGUAACAGCUCUAUGCCUACCUUCCUGAGGACCAACUCAGACUUUAUAAAAACACACACGUGCGCACACACACAUUCUGCGUAAAGACGCACGGGUGCACACACACACAUACACACACACAUUGGGACCACGGUGGUGCUGUGUCUCCAUGUAGACUCGUCUCAUUGUCUCUCGACUGGGCUUUAAGACUCCUGGUGUUCAUUUCCCUGCCACAGUGUUAAUGGACUUUGGUAAAAAUGGGUCGGACUGCAAGACAUCCUCCAGGUUUGGUAACGUCCUCUUUCUCCUUCAGUCUAGUGUGAACACAGAUCUGAAAGAGAAAA